AUGGACAAAACGUCCCGGAGCGCUUCUAAAGAGUCCUGUGGGAGAAGCAGAGAGAAGAUAGCUCCAGGCAUGAAGAAGGAGAGGGAACAUAACCGGAAAGCCAGCAAAGAGAGGCAGGAGUCUGGCAGGAGGAAAGAGAAGAAGGAGACCAAAACCAGACUCCAGGCAGACAACCAAGUCUAUACUUCCACAGUGGUGGAUGUGGAUGAUGUGGUGUCUGAAGAAGAAAUGGAGGUGAUGGCCCUUCUUGAAAGCGAGAAAAUGGACGAAGGUACCAAGUCUGCUGGCCUGGGCGUGUGUGAGUGGGUCCUUGUCCUCCUCUCACUCCUUGCCAUUCUCAUCACAUUUCCUGUUUCCAUCUGGUUUUGCAUGCAGAUUGUGAGGGAGUAUGAGCGCGCCAUUUUGUUUCGCUUUGGACGCCUUCUUCGUGGAAGGCCCAGAGGACCUGGUUUGUUCUUUUUCCUUCCCUGCCUGGACACUUACCACAAAAUAGAUCUUCGCCUCAGAACCCUAGAGAUUCCUUUCUAUGAGGUCAUAACCAAAGACAUGGCGAGUCUAGAAGUGGACACCGUCUGCUACUACCGAAUGGAGAAUGCCAUGCUUCUCGUGACUACCCUUGCCAACCUCUCAAGCACAGUCCAGCUACUGGUGCAGACAACUGCAAAGCGUUCACUGGCGAAUCGGUCCUUCACGGAAAUCCUCAUGGAAAGAAAGACCAUUAGCCAGGAAGUAAAGGUGGCUGUGGAUGCUGUUACCUGCCAAUGGGGGAUCAAGGUGGAGCGGACAGAAAUAAAAGAUAUACGACUGCCGGCUGAGCUGCAGCAGUCCCUGGCGGUAAAAGCAGAAGCCCAGCGCCAGGCCAAAGUGAAGGUGAUAGCUGCUGAAGGAGAAAGGGCUGCUUCCGAAUCUCUGAAGCGUGCUGCUGAGAUACUGUCCACCACCCCAGCUGCCAUCCAGCUUCGUUACUUGCAGGCCUUGCAAGCCUUGUCUGUGGACAAACCGCCCGCUUUUGUUUUGCCUUUGCCCUUUGACCUCAUGAAUCUUUCAUCUGGGGCCAGCGACAAACCCACCAAUUUUAAUAUGCCUGCAGAUCCUCCUGUCCACCCAGAAGCUCCAAAGGACCAAAAGGACUCCCCCAUGCUAUAG